AUGGUCCGCCGUGCUCAGCAUGCCCCUGAAGCGCCAAAGGAGAAGAUCAAGAUCGAGCCAUAUGUGCAAACGGCUUUGGCGCCGUGGCACUACAAGGGGCUGCGCGUGAGAAAAACGAUCCGGUGCUGCCGCAUGGUGGAGCCUCCUAAACGGGAUGAUGACUCCGCGACGGAUCCGGAGAUGCCUGAGUUGAUCCCGGUCACGCCGAAUUGGUUGUACUCACCGCGGGCUCCCAAGCUGUUCAGGGCAUCGACUUUUGAAUCUUGUGCCGGCUUGGAUGUUUCAAGUUCAAGCUUCACUGACCUUGCCGAAAAGAUGGGACAGCGCCGCAAGUUCGGACUAUUGCUAAUUGCGCUGGAUCAGGAGGAAGCCUGGGUCGCCGCCGCGCAGGUCGACCCAAAGUGGAAGUCGCGCGGGCAGACGGGGCUGUACUUUGCCGCUGCACGGCAGGCGGGCUUUGAUGUGAUGGCGGAUCCAAUCGACGCUGAGAAAAUUUGUCGAUUCCUGAUGAGUCGAAUGCGCGUGCCGGCAACAAAGAGGGAUGACUGGGGCCAAAGCCCUUUGUUCUACGCAGCUAGACAAGGACACAAAGAGCUGUGUGCAUACUUCGUCGAGAAGUUGGGCAUGAGCGUCCAUCAAGCAGACAAGUGGGGCGAGACCCCCAUGUUUUACGCGAUGGAAGCGAAAAAGACCGAGACGGUCAUAUACCUCCUCAAGCAGGGCGCGUCGCUCGGCGUCAACAACAAGGGCUUCCAGUCGCCAGAAAGCCUCGCACCGGUUGAGGUGGCUCGCGAGCUGCAGGCCCUUGUUCAGGCCCGGAUGAAGGAGUGGGCCGAGCCAUUGAAGGCCUCGUCUCGGCAGCCGCAGCCGGCAGACUCAAAGAAGCGCAAGAGACCGGAUGAGGAGCAGGAGGAGGAGGAGGAGGCUCAGGAGCAAACAUCAGCUGCGGAAGGACCUCGAGCACUUCAGGAAUGGGCAGCAAGACCUGCGAAGUUGCCGAGGAAUUGGAAGACGCAGUUGGCACGGGAGAAGCUGCAAGGCAAGCCGGAAGUCAUCGCCGAAAGCUUCACUCACAAGGUCACGCUCGUGACCACCGACGCCCUGGAAGAGGUCCGGGGCCUCGAGAAGACACUCGUGGCCGACCAGGCCGGCCUCUUCAAGAGGAAGCUGUUCGUCCGGUCGUGCAGGGCGGCCGACUUCUGCUUAGCACUGGGCGCGUACGAGAAAGAUGGACAAUUUUUCGCAGAGUAUUCGCACAUCGUCGCCAACCGUGGAAAGGAAGGCUCACUCGUGCUGGUGGCUCGGGACAAAACGACCGGGCGCACCGUAGGCUUCGUCCAUGCCGAAAAGGGCAGAAAAGAGCUGCUGAUUGGCCACCUCAAGGUGCACAAUGACCAUCAGGGCAAAGGCGUAGGAACGCUGUUGAUCCGCGCUGCCGAGGCUCAGGCGUUGACCGCAGGAUGGACUUUCGACUCCGUGGCGGUACGUGUCCUACACGUGAACUCGCCAGCGCAGCAAAAAUUUUUCCGAAUGGGUUUCGACAUCCACGACGAGCCGGCACCCGAGACGACAAUGAGCAUGCUCUCGAUGUGCGUGAAGAUGGUCCGCCGUGCUCAGCAUGCCCCUGAAGCGCCAAAGGAGAAGAUCAAGAUCGAGCCAUAUGUGCAAACGGCUUUGGCGCCGUGGCACUACAAGGGGCUGCGCGUGAGAAAAACGAUCCGGUGCUGCCGCAUGGUGGAGCCUCCUAAACGGGACGAUGACUCCGCGACGGAUCCGGAGAUGCCUGAGUUGAUCCCGGUCACGCCGAAUUGGUUGUACUCACCGCGGGCUCCCAAGCUGUGCAGGGCAUCGACUUUUGAAUUUUCUGCCGACUUGGAUGUUUCAAGUUCAAGUUUCACUGACCUUGCCGAAAAGAUGGGACAGCGCCGCAAGUUCGGACUAUUGCUAAUUGCGCUGGAUGGGGUCCUGCCAGGAAUGGGUUUCGACAUCUUCGACGAGCCGGCACCCGAGACGACGAUGAGCAUGCUCUCGAUGUGCAUCAAGAUGACCCGCCGUGCUCAGCAUGCCCCUCACGCGCCAAAGGAGAAGAUCAGGAUCGAGCCAUAUGUGCAAACGGCUUUGGCGCCAUGGCACUACAAGGGACUACAUGUGAGAAAGAUGGUGAGGUGCAGGGCAUCGACUUUUGAGCCUUCCACCGACUUGGAAGUUUCAAGUUUCACAGACCUUGCCGAAAAGAUGGGGAAGCGCCGCCAGUUCGGACUAGUGCUGAAGGCACUGGGUGAGGUCGUGCCAGGAAUGGGCAGCAAAACCCGCGAAGUUGCAAAAGAGCUGGAAGACCCAGUUGGCGCGUCGGGCCGCAUACCAAAGGGGUUCUUCCAGCGCUGUUGCAACGACGAGAGAAGCUCAGAGGCGGACCAUUUUACCCACAAGGCGACGCUGGUCACCACCGACGCCCUGGAGGAGGUCCGAGGCCUGGAAGAGACGCUCGUGGCCGACCAGGCCGGCCUCUUCAAGAAGAAGCUCUUUGUCCGGUCGUGCAGGGCGGCCGACUUCUGCUUAGCACUGGGAGCCUAUGAGAAGGAUGGCGCUACUCUGAAGCCAGUCAUGGCGACCCGAAAGACGAAGAAGGCCCCUGCUGCCUGGCUCGUGGCCGCAAGGAAGGAUGGAACGAAUCUCCAGGAGGAUGCCUGGGUCGCCGCCGCGCAGGUCGACCCAAAGUGGAAGUCGCGCGGGCAGACGGCGCUGUACUUUGCCGCUGCACGGCAGGCGGGCUUUGAUGCGAUGGCGCCGGCGGGUUGCUUUCUGAAGGUUGAGCAGGAAAUUCAGCAGAAUCAUCGGCUAGUUGUCGCGAUUACCGGGAUCAUCACGGAUGCUUCAGGCCUUGGCAACGUGAACUGGACCACCUGGGACCAAGACGCAAUCGAAGCUGAGAAAAUUUGUCGAUUCCUGAUGAGGUUCUUCGCAGCUAGACAAGGACACAUGGCGCGACUGGGAUGUGUGGACCUGCGUACUUUGAAUCAUGAAGCGUGGGGGGAAACCCCCAUGUUUUAUGCGAUGGAAGCCAAGAAGACCGAGACGGUCAUAUACCUGCUGAAGAAGGGUGCGUCGCUCGGGGUGAACAACCACAACUUCGAGUCGCCAGAGAGCCUUGCACCGGUGGAGGUGGCUCGCGAGCUGCAGGAAUGGGCGGCAAAGCCCGCGAAGUUGCCGCGGAACUGGAAGACCCAGUUGGCUCGGGAGAAGCUCAAAGGAGAGCCAAAAGUCAUCGCUGACACGUUUACACACAAGGUGACACUGGUGACCAGCGACGCCCUGGAGGAGGUCCGCCUGCUGGAAAAGACGCUCGUGGCGGACCAGGCUGUCCUGUUCAAGAAGAAGCUGUUCGUCCGGGCGUGCAGGGCGGCCGACUUCUGCUUAGCACUGGGAGCCUAUGAGAAGGAUGGCCAGUUUUUUGCUGAAUACUCUCACAUUGUCGCGAAUCGCGGCAAAGUUGGCUCUCUCGUGCUGGUGGCUCGGGACAAAAUGACCGGGCGCAUCGUAGGCUUCGUCCAUGCGGAAAAGGGCAAAAAAGAGCUGCUGAUUGGCCAUCUCAAGGUGCACAAUGACCAUCAGGGCAAAGGCGUAGGAACGCUGUUGAUCCGCGCUGCCGAGGCUCAGGCGUUGACCGCAGGAUGGACUUUCGACUCCGUGGCAGUACGUGUCCUAUACGUGAACUCGCCAGCGCAGCAGAAAUUUUUCCGAAUGGGUUUCGACAUCCACGACGAGCCGGCACCCGAGACGACAAUGAGCAUGCUCUCGAUGUGCGUGAAGAUGGUCCGCCGUGCUCAGCAUGCCCCUGAAGCGCCAAAGGAGAAGAUCAAGAUCGAGCCAUAUGUGCAAACGGCUUUGGCGCCGUGGCACUACAAGGGGCUGCGCGUGAGAAAAACGAUCCGGUGCUGCCGCAUGGUGGAGCCUCCUAAACGGGAUGAUGACUCCGCGACGGAUCCGGAGAUGCCUGAGUUGAUCCCGGUCACGCCGAAUUGGUUGUACUCACCGCGGGCUCCCAAGCUGUUCAGGGCAUCGACUUUUGAAUCUUGUGCCGGCUUGGAUGUUUCAAGUUCAAGCUUCACUGACCUUGCCGAAAAGAUGGGACAGCGCCGCAAGUUCGGACUAUUGCUAAUUGCGCUGGAUCAGGAGGAAGCCUGGGUCGCCGCCGCGCAGGUCGACCCAAAGUGGAAGUCGCGCGGGCAGACGGCGCUGUACUUUGCCGCUGCACGGCAGGCGGGCUUUGAUGUGAUGGCGGCGGCGGGUUCUACGCAGCUAGACAAGGACACAAAGAGCGACUGGGAUGCGUCUUUGGGGCUGUGUGCAUACUUCGUCGAGAAGUUGGGCAUGAGCGUCCAUCAAGCAGACAAGUGGGGCGAGACCCCCAUGUUUUACGCGAUGGAAGCGAAAAAGACCGAGACGGUCAUAUACCUCCUCAAGCAGGGCGCGUCGCUCGGCGUCAACAACAAGGGCUUCCAGUCGCCAGAAAGCCUCGCACCGGUUGAGGUGGCUCGCGAGCUGCAGGCCCUUGUUCAGGCCCGGAUGAAGGAGUGGGCCGAGCCAUUGAAGGCCUCGUCUCGGCAGCCGCAGCCGGCAGACUCAAAGAAGCGCAAGAGACCGGAUGAGGAGCAGGAGGAGGAGGAGGAGGCUCAGGAGCAAACAUCAGCUGCGGAAGGACCUCGAGCACUUCAGGAAUGGGCAGCAAGACCUGCGAAGUUGCCGAGGAAUUGGAAGACGCAGUUGGCACGGGAGAAGCUGCAAGGCAAGCCGGAAGUCAUCGCCGAAAGCUUCACUCACAAGGUCACGCUCGUGACCACCGACGCCCUGGAAGAGGUCCGGGGCCUCGAGAAGACACUCGUGGCCGACCAGGCCGGCCUCUUCAAGAGGAAGCUGUUCGUCCGGUCGUGCAGGGCGGCCGACUUCUGCUUAGCACUGGGCGCGUACGAGAAAGAUGGACAAUUUUUCGCAGAGUAUUCGCACAUCGUCGCCAACCGUGGAAAGGAAGGCUCACUCGUGCUGGUGGCUCGGGACAAAACGACCGGGCGCACCGUAGGCUUCGUCCAUGCCGAAAAGGGCAGAAAAGAGCUGCUGAUUGGCCACCUCAAGGUGCACAAUGACCAUCAGGGCAAAGGCGUAGGAACGCUGUUGAUCCGCGCUGCCGAGGCUCAGGCGUUGACCGCAGGAUGGGCUUUCGACUCCGUGGCGGUACGUGUCCUAUACGUGAACUCGCCAGCGCAGCAUAAAUUUUUCCGAAUGGGUUUCGACAUCUUCGACGAGCCGGCACCCGAGACGACAAUGAGCAUGCUCUCGAUGUGCGUGAAGAUGGUCCGCCGUGCUCAGCAUGCCCCUGAAGCGCCAAAGGAGAAGAUCAAGAUCGAGCCAUAUGUGCAAACGGCUUUGGCGCCGUGGCACUACAAGGGGCUGCGCGUGAGAAAAACGAUCCGGUGCUGCCGCAUGGUGGAGCCUCCUAAACGGGACGAUGACUCUGCGACGGAUCCGGAGAUGCCUGAGUUGAUCCCGGUCACGCCGAAUUGGUUGUACUCACCGUCUCCUGAAGAAUUUGUUGAGGUGCAGGGCAUCGACUUUUGA